GCUUUUGGACAGGCUCCUCCCCCCGGCGCUUCCUUCAGCCGCAGUGACAGCUGAGCCCCGAUAGGAAGCGAUCUCUUUGCGGUGCUGGGCCCAGCUCUGGCCUUCUUCUGCCCUCCCCUCCCCUCCCAGGCGGGCUCAGCUCCGCUGGCAGUAUCGGGUUACGGGAGCUACUGCUGUGUCCUGUGCGCUAGGGGGUGGGGUGGAGGGGUGGGCAGAGGAGUAGGCACUAGGGCUGGGCACACAUUCAGCGAGGCAGAGGUGGACGGUGUGAAUACAGUCUGGUAAACCAUGGCUGAUGACUUCGGCUUGUUCUCCUCCGGCAGCGGGGCCCCAGGGCCAGCGGAGGAGGACCCAGCGGCUGCCUUCCUGGCCCAGCAGGAGAGUGAGAUCGCUGGCAUUGAAAACGAUGAUGAGGGUUUUGGUGGCGUUGAAGGAGCCCUGCAGCAACCGGCAGCGGAAAAUGGAACUGGUAUUGAAGACACUGGGACUACAGUCAAUGGAGACAUGUUCCAGGAAGCCAAUGGUCCUUCAGAUGGCUAUGCUGCUGUAGCCCAGGCAGACAGGCUCAGUCAGGAACCAGAGAGCAUCAGAAAAUGGAGAGAGGAGCAGAAGAAACGGCUGCAAGAGCUGGAUGCAGCUUCUAAGGUGACUGAGCAAGAGUGGCGGGAGAAGGCAAAGAGGGACCUGGAAGAAUGGAAUGUGCGACAGAAUGAGCAGGUGGAGAAAAACAAAAUCAGCAACAGGAUCGCUGACAAAGCAUUCUACCAGCAACCAGAUGCCGACAUCAUAGGUUACGUAGCAUCAGAAGAGGCCUUUCUGAAGGAGUCUAAGGAAGAGGUACCUGGCACAGAGUGGGAGAAGGUGGCCCAGCUGUGUGACUUCAACCCCAAGAGCAGCAGGCAGUGCAAGGAUGUAUCCCGCAUGCGUUCUAUGCUCAUCUCCCUGAAACAAACCCCACUGUCCCGCUAGGCACCCAUCCAGGGUUACCAAAGAGCAGAGGGUGAGGAGACUGAGGCAGAGGUCUAAAAAGAAGAGAGGAGGGAAGGAGAAACAGCUUUGUUUGCUCUGGAAGCCACUACUCCAAUAUCCACAGCACAAAAUGUUUAGUCAGUUCCCCCUCAUCCUUUGGAGCAAAGGGAGCUCCCUCCCUGGCCUCUUCCUUCCUUCUCAAACCCAUCUCCUUAGGUGUCACAUCUACCAUUGGUUUGCCACAUCAUGACCAUCAAGUCCCACAGGUCUUUUAUUUUUCUUGGCUUAAAGGUUGUGUUGUUAACUCUUUUUACACUUAUUUAUUAUCACUCUUGUAUCUUUGUAAGCUACAAUCUAUGUCGGGCUGCCAUUUGUAUUAGGUCCCAUCCUACUACCCAUGUGACCUUUGCAAAGUCCUUUCCUUUCUCUAGGCUUCAGUUUACUUGUUAAGAUGAAGGGGUUUCACUAGAUGACCUCAAGGUCAUUUCUUGCUCUAAAUCAUAUUAGUCUUGCCCAGCUCAAUGACCUUCAAGAACAGUAGAAUCCAAGAGCACAUGCCAGUUAAAAUCCGUGGGACCCCAAAAUAGAGCCUUCUCCAGCCCUUGCUGGUAUCCCCAGACAUCUGCUGUAGUGUCUCCAGUUCUCCUGCAAGCAUCAAAAUGGUCAGAGGCCAUUCUAAUGGGAAAUGCUGGAUCAUGUAUGAUGUUAACUCUUUCAGACCCAUCUUGCAAAAAUGGAGAAAUAAUCAAGGUGGGGUGAGGAAUCAAUCAACCAACAAGCAUUUAUUAAUUUCCUACUAUGCGCUAGACACCAUGUUAGGUUCUGGGGAUACAAAUACAAAAUGAGUCUUCGCCCUCAAAGAGCUUAUAUUCCUUUAGAGGGAUAAGACAUGUUCACAGAUAAGCAAAUACAGGAUGUAUACAAAAUAAAUGCAAAAUCACUUUGAGGUUGGAGAGAAAGUGAAGCCGAAGAAAUGGAAGUGGGAAGAAUCCAAAGGAGAGAAGGGGUAGAAGAGGCAAGAGCAGGAUGCUCUAUUGGUGGUUUUCUUUGGAGCUUGGCUAAAAAGAAAGGGUGGUCCUAGUCCUGUAAAAAAUUCUGAGCAAUUACAGGUCCUACCAACCUGACUCAGAGCUGCCUCCCCCAGGCCUCCCAGAAAAGUCACCAUCUGGGAGAAAGAUUACAAUUGCUUUGUAUAGGAAGAGGUAGCUACAAUGAUCAAUGCUGGAUAUUCACUAGACAUCAAUUUACACAUACCACUGCCCCUGCUCCCCAUUACACUGUCCAUCCUUUAAGCCCUUUUCCUCAUGAAGGGCCAGGAAAAGCAUCCAUUUUUUUUUCUGACAGCCUAGACUAUGUUUGAGUCAAGGUGUCUAUUCUGGGCUUGAUAUUUUCUGUUCAUUUACCAGCUAAGACCAUUGUCACUGGCCACUCUCCAGCUAGGUGACAAUACCAGUUUCCUCAAAAACUGGCAUCCUUGCCUUUUCCUUGGCCAUAAUCCCAGACUUCUUGGUAAGAGCCCAGGUCUCCAGCCUGAGCAGAACCUCACCCUCUACCUUGGUCAUAGCUCCAUCCCUCUCCUUGGUUAACCAGUCAAUCAACAUGCAUUUAUUAUGCAUCUAUGUAAACCAGGCACUGUGCUAGGUGCUGGAGACACAAAGACAAAAGACAGCUCAUGCCCUCAAAGAACUUAUAUCCUACCAGGGCAACGGCAUGUUCACACACACACAAAUACAGGAUGUACACAAAAUUAAUACAAAGUAAUUAUGGAGCUAACAACUGGGAGAACCAGGAAGAUCCUUGGCAGAAGAGACACCUGAGCUGAGCCUUGAAGAGUGCCCGAGGUUUCUGAGAGAAGGAAGUGAAGAGGGAGAGAAUCCUCAUGGGGUACAGUCUGUGCAAAGGCUCAGGGGUGGGAAAUAGAAGGUCCUGUACCAGUAGGCUAGUUUGGCUGGAAUAGAGAUUAUUUGAGGAGAGGGAAUGUGUAAUCAACCUCAAUUCACUUUAUCACGUGUUUUAAAAAGCACCUGCUGUGUAGAGUAAACUCUUGCUUCAAGCUGGGAGAGAUUUGAAGGAUGUGUGGAGUAAACUCUUGCUUCAAGCUGGGAGAGAUUUGAAGGAUGUGGGGAGUCGACAGUUUGGAAGGUAGAACACAUAUGUAGACAGCAAGAAUCCGUGACAUCUAGCAUGUGAGGGCAAGCAGGAAGGUCAUUAACCAGGGACACAGGGACGGCUUCCUGAAGCGGCCAGCGUAAAACUUAGUACUUUUAUAAAAUCAAAUUUUCUAGAUCAAAAUCAAGCUUUCUCAGCUAAGGGGAUGAAAGGCGAGCUACGGAUGGAGACAGCCACAGGGCUCAGCACAUCUCUCAUUCACACUUCUCAGACACAGUGGUGGACAUCAUUCCCUUUUUUCUGAAGUUUAAGAGGCUUUCUUUGACUAUCCAGCAACCUUGAUUUCCAGACUUUGGGGAUUAAUGCUGGGCAGAUCACCCUCAGAUAUAAGCUGAUGACACAUGACUGAGCUUUGAAGGCUGGACUGAAUUUGAAGAGUCAUCUUUGGAGGCAGCCCUUUCCCUCCAAGUCUGACCUUUAGUGUUUUGGUAAUUUUCUAGUGUUCAAAGGUUUCUCUCCUCUAGUUCUACCUGGCCACAUCCCCGCUAUGCUAAUGUCAUCCACUGUGAUGAACUUCUUAGGGAAUUGUACCAUAUGGCCAUUAGCAGCUGUCAGAAGCUUCUGAUGGAAACUCAUUCAGGCCCUAGCUCCCAUCCUUGCCUACCUUCUACUACCCUGAUAUAAAUAAGCAAUAUCUUGUGCAGCUGCUGGGUCAGAAUGAGUAGAAACACAUCAUAGAGAAAGGCAAUUUCAAUGAGUUCUAUCAUUGCCUGGCUUUUGUCUCUGUGAGCCUAUUUCAAAUCUAUUAAAAAAUGAAUUGAAGCACUGAAAGAAACAAAGUAUUUCCCCCAUACAACAAGGUCAAUUAACGAAUCAACAUUAAGGGCCAGGCAUCCUGCUAAGAGCUGGGGAUACAAAAAGAAGGGGCAAACGGCAGUCCAACAAGGGAGACAAUAUACAAAUACAUAUAUACAAAAGAGCUAUAUACUGGAUAAAUAGAAAAUAAUUAACAGAGGGCAGCCACUAAAAUUAAGAGAAGUUGGAAAAGACUUCCUGUAAAAGAUGAGAUUUUAGUUGGGACUUAAAGCCAGAGAAGUAUGUAGAACUGGGGAGGAACAGAUUCUAGGAAGGGGGGCAACCAGAGACAAUGCCCAUGGAGAGCCAAGAGAUGGACUGUCUUGUUUGUGGUUCAGGCAGGAGGCCAGUUGUUCUAUGUUUGUCCACACUGGGUACUUGGCUAUGGCUGUCCUUCCACCCAACUCUGAUCUCCCUGGUGCUCAGCAGACAGAUAGACGUGAAGACUAAGUAAACUGAGAUACAAAAUGGCUAGGUGUUACAAAGGCUUAGAGGUGGGGGCUUAAGCCAAACUCAGGUUAGAGGUCAGAUGAUAAUCAUGCAUAUUUAUAGAACACUUUGAUUUAUUCCUUCUACAUUUAUUGAGUACAUACCACGUGCAGAAGCUUAUACGUAGGGUUAGUGUUAUAGUUUAGGUAACUCAUGGUCCAGCACCUUGCAGACUAGUAAGAGGAAAAGACAGAACAGACAACUGUAAUACAGUCUUAAGUGACAAGGGCAAUCAGAAAGGUACCGAGUGCCACAUAAGGUCCCCAGGAAGUCACUCCCCUGACAAGACUCAGAAGACUUGAGGUGGUAUUUGAUUUGUGUUUUAUGAUUACAAAGUGGUCUACACAAUCUCAUUUGAUUCUCACAACGAUCUCAUGAGGUAGGCAGUACAAAGUAUUAUUUUAUAGGUAGGCAAACUGAGGCCCAGAAAAGGGAAGUGAAUGCCCAAGGUCACACAGCACCUAAGUAGUGGAGCUGCAACUUGAGAAAAGUGCUUUAUAAGCUGCAAGGUCAUAUAUAAAUGUGAGUCAGUGUUACUAUUCAAAUUCCAAGUCUAAUGUCCUUUGUAUCUCACCAUGCUUUUUUUCAGGCUGCUGAUUCCUGGGGUGGGGUUGGGAUAACAACUAAGGAAAGCAGAUUUCAAACCCACCUUUGUUUCAUUCUUUAAGCAGUGAUAUUCCACUACACAAUUCUUUCUAAAAAUCUUUUUUUGUGAGA